AUGAGUGAACCCUAAACCACUGCACCACUUUCAUUGAAGCACCAAAGUAAUAAAUUUAUCCUGGUGGGUGAAGGGCUCAAGAGAGAGACAUCAGUGCUGCUUUUGCAUUGUUUAAAUAGACUCUUCGUUUUCUACGUCCAUAUCCUUUACGACUCGAGAAACAGAAUGUGAAUCGUCAUGCCAAAGUACUUCUGUAUUGUAUUAUCUAGAACUGCGUCCAUUUAUAUUCUUGAAUGCAGCAUUCAACUGGUUCACCAAUGAUAUAAAUUCUCGUCUUUCCUUCCAAAGUCGAUAAUUGCACACUAAAUGUUCGAUAAAAUUACCUAAUGAGAAUGGAUGCAAGGAGCAGUAACAAAAGAAGUAUAAGCAAGUUACCGGAUGCAAUUCUUCAACGCAUACUCUCUUUCCUCCCAACGAAAGAUGCUGUGAAAACAAGCGUUCUUUCGAGAAGAUGGGAAUAUCUCUGGACAUCAAUUCCCAAUCUCGAAUUUAUAGGAGGAGCUAGUGACAACUUUACAGCCUUCGUGGAUAGAGUGAUUGCACUUCAUGUCUCUGAUAUAAAAAAAUGUUGGCUUGAAUGUUAUAAGAGUGGUGAUGAACCUUGCAUUAAAAGGUUGAUAGCUGCUGUAGUAAGGCGUAACGUUGAAGAGCUACACAUUGACACCGAAGACCCAAAAGGACCUCUUCAAUUGCCUCAAUGCCUUUUUGUUUCUGCAUCGCUUACUAGAUUGAAUCUAAGUAUAUGUUGCACUCUCAAAUUUCCUCCUUCAAUCCGUCUCUCAAAUCUCAAAAAUUUACUUUUUGAGCAUAUCACAUUUACAGACGAUGUCUCAACUCAACAGUUCUUUUCAGGCUGCCCGGCUCUUGAGACAGUUUGUUUUUACAAAUGCAAGUGGACCAAUCUGUGUAGUGUGGUUAUCUGUGCUCCUAAGCUAUGGAGUUUGGAAGUAAUUGGAGAUAAGGGGGCCAACUUUGAAGCAUCAGAUGGUUGCGAGCUCAUGAUUUUUGCACCUUCUCUCCAUUAUUUCGAUUAUGAUGGUGAAUUCUUAAAUGACUAUUGCAUAUAUGACUCGCCAACCUUAAAUGAGGCAAAGAUUCAUUCAAGAAAAGCGUGGAAUGAACGGCCGAGAACAGUUUUCUAUCGUUUAUAUAAGCUUUUGAAGGGGAUCUCUAAUGUUAAACAACUCUCACUUUCAAGUGACACUGUCGAGGUAUUUGCUUUUCUUUCAUGUUGCAAUAAAAAUUCUUUCCAUCACUUGUCAGGAAAGUCAGAGGAUCAUAGAACUAUAGACUGUGAAGCACUAAUGAAGAUGCUUCAAUGCUCUCCGCGUCUUGAGAAUCUGUGUUUUAAAGCGGGGAUCAAACUCUCUUUGCAUUGUAAGAACUAUAAAGGGAUAUCGGAAUCUGUGACUCAAGGUUUCUUGUCGCGCCUCAAAACUGUUGAAAUUGAUGUCAGCAAAUUUGGUGGCAAUGAGAAGCUAUUUGUGGAUGCAAUAGAGAUAUUGCUCAAGAGAGCCAGUGUAUUGGACAAACUGAUAGUAUAUGUACCCAAGUACUAUGCAGCCACAGUGGGUGUGUACAAGGAGAAGCUUAAGAAAGAGCUACUUAAACUACCAAAAGCAUCAAAAUUGGUGCGCUCUGAUUAUGCCAACUUUUUGAGGAGAAGUUUCUUGAAGUAUGUUAAAGGUGUUCCUAAGCAGAAUAUGGAUAUUGGGUAUGUUGUGGUAAUGGAACUCAUGUAA